AUAUACUUGAUUCUCGUUUCGUCCUCAUUGAGGUAGACGAUUCGCCGAAUAAGAUAAGUCGCUGUCGAAACAUUCUUAUCGGAAACAUUGUCACAGUUGAAAAAAAUGACGCUAAACAUACUGAAGUGCCGUGUUGCUAGCCGCGGCUUGCGUCAAUUGAAAGAGUUGUCAAUUUGUUCAACACUAAAAUUAUACCUGUCUACUUCAACAGUUACGAUGAAUAGUAAGGAGUAUGGUGGAGAUAAAGGUUACAGAGUAGAAAGAGAUACGUUUGGAGAACUGAAAGUUCCAAGUGAUAAGUAUUAUGGUGCCCAAACUCUCCGAUCAGUGAUGAAUUUUCCAAUUGGUGAUACAUCUGAGCGUAUGCCUUAUGGUGUGAUAGUUGCUAUGGGUAUUUUAAAGAAAGCUGCUGCAGAAGUAAACAAAGAAUAUGGUUUGGAUCCUAAAAUUGCUGAUGCCAUUAGCAAAGCUGCAGAUGAUGUAAUAAGUGGAAAGUUAUAUAAUGAUCACUUUCCCUUAGUUAUCUGGCAAACUGGAUCUGGCACACAAACCAACAUGAAUACCAAUGAGGUUAUUUCCAAUCGUGCGAUCGAGAUACUUGGUGGUGAACUCGGCUCAAAGAAACCUGUGCAUCCAAACGAUCAUGUUAAUAUGUCACAGAGUAGCAAUGAUACCUUUCCAACAGCUAUGCAUAUAGCUGUGGCCUUGGAAAUCAAUAAAAUAUUACUUCCAGGCUUGGAACAAUUGCACAAAGCAUUAAAGGAAAAGUCAGAAAAAUGGAAAGAUAUAAUAAAAAUUGGCAGAACGCAUACACAAGACGCAGUCCCACUGACCUUAGGUCAAGAAUUUUCAGGAUAUACUAUGCAGAUCGAAAACGGCAUUAAGAGAGUGAAAGAUACGUUACCGAGACUGUAUCAAUUGGCUCUUGGUGGUACAGCAGUCGGAACUGGAUUGAAUACGCGAAAAGGCUUCGCGGAAAAAGCAGCUGCGAAAAUCGCUGAAUUCACUCGCUUACCAUUUGUUACCGCACCGAAUAAAUUCGAAGCUCUGGCUGCGCACGAUGCGAUGGUGGAAGUACACGGCGCUCUUAAUACAGUGGCCGUUUCUGUCAUGAAGGUCGCAAAUGAUAUUCGGUUCCUUGGAAGUGGACCGAGAUGCGGUUUAGGAGAAUUGUCUCUUCCGGAAAAUGAGCCUGGAAGUUCUAUAAUGCCUGGAAAGGUGAAUCCUACGCAGUGCGAAGCGAUCACUAUGGUGUGCAGUCAAGUGAUGGGCAAUCACGUAGCAGUGUCCGUUGGUGGCAGCAAUGGUCACUUUGAGCUGAAUGUUUUCAAGCCAGUUAUAGUUGCCAAUACUUUGAGAUCCGCAAGGCUGUUAGGUGACGCCUGCAGCGCGUUCACAAAGAAUUGUGUCGUAGGCAUUGAGCCGAAUAUUGAGAAUAUAAAGAAGAUAAUGAACGAGAGCUUAAUGCUCGUUACAGCAUUGAAUCCGCAUAUUGGCUACGACAAGGCCGCAGCAAUCGCUAAGCAAGCGCACAAAGAAAAUCUCACAUUAAAACAAUCUGCGCUGAAAAAUGGAAUGACAGAGGAACAAUUUGAUCAAUGGGUCAGACCUGAACAAAUGCUUGGUCCGAAAUAAUCUGCAUGUUAAGAAAGAUGUUCAAAGUCAGUGUUGAGAGUGUUAAAUGUUCCGUAAAGCGCUUGAAUAAUUACUCUCGUCCUCGGGUACCUACAAGGAUGAUUGCACUCAAUUGCAUGUAACGGAUGGUUCUAUAACGUGUUACUUAAUUCUCUUUUUCAGGGCUUUAAUUUGUAAAUAUAAUAUAAAUCAAGAAAGAUUA